AUGAAGUAUUUAUGCUUUAUUUUUAUUUUAUUACAUCAGUUCUCUUCGAUUUUGUGUCAUUUGGGAUGCCGUGAUGAUCAAAACCAGCAUGUUAAUUGGUUUGUUCGUUUUUUUACUCUUUUCAUCUUAUUGCUUAGGUACAUAGGAUAUAAGUUCCCCGACGGCUAUUCAUAUGCCUAUAUAACUCCCAACCUUCCCGAUUGGCGUCUUUCGAGUAAUGAUUUACGGAAAGAUGGAUUUCUUAAGAACACCUUUGAUCAAAUUUACAAUAAUACAAAUGAUUCUCUUGUUUUUGGAGUGUACAAUGAUGAGAUGCCUUUGAAUGUUACAUGGCUGUUUGAUAUAUGGUUUGGCCAUAUGAAAGGUGAUCAAGGUUUUUGGCUUAUCCAUAGUGUUCCCAAACUAUCCAUGAAGUCGGAUGCAUUCAUUUAUCCGGAGACGGGCAAGCAUUAUGCUCAGCACUUUCUAUGCGUUUCUCUGGGUUAUUCAGCUCUAGCUACGAUCGGUAAGUCAUUUUAUCUAAACAUUAUAACCUACAAAUUACCGGAAUCAGUUGAAAAGUCGCUACCUGCGUUAAAGGAUAUCUUUGAACAUCGCUAUCGACGCGGCAUUAAUCAAACUCUUAUUACAAGCCUCAACUCAACUGACGGAAGUCUAGAUCUACGUCUGUUUAGCAAAUCACACAAAUUUAAUCAUGAUUUGUACACCGAUUUGGUUGCUCCGAACCUCGAGUCAUCUCUCCUCACCGAGACGUGGAGACACACUCGUUCCAACCUCCCCUCGAACUGCACUCAAAACUAUUCCGUAAGCCGAUCUCUCCAUGAAAUAACCAAAUAUCUUGGUGUGCUGUUUGCAAUCGAAGCGAGUCUAACCUGUAUUCCACAAUGGCCGAAUACCGUUCAACUUAUUUUGACAGAAAUGGGUGCUCUUCUCUUUUUGAAGUUCCGUGCAAACUGUCACGCAAAUUUACGCCACUAUAAAGAGCUGUUUCCGUAA